AUGUGGUUCACACGCGUCCUCUCGUCGACCUUCUUCCUCGGCGCAAUCAUCUUCACGAUCCCACUAGCCUUUGACAUCGGCGGCCGAACGUGCGGACUGGCCUUCUCGCUGUCCCUGAGCGUCUACUACUUCCUCUACUCGUGCCUGCGACUGGCGACACCGGAUCACUCGCGGUUCAGAUGGUUUCUCUGCAAUGUCGUGGCUUGUGCGCAAUGGUUGGCGAUACCGACUCUCCUCAUCUGGAGCUUGAACAAGUUCUCCAUCGAUGCGACAAACAACGCUGGGUGGGCUGAGAGGACAUUUGGAGGCAAGCGAUCGGACUACACCUCGAUACAAGACUGGAUCUUCGGAUCUGAGGGCUUGUUGCAGAACGCCUCGAUUGGCACAUGGGACAAGACGCUGAGGUACAGCACGCCGGUCUUCCAGCUUGCUGAGGGCUUCUGCAGUUUGUUGGUCAUCCAGGCGGCUGGUCAGAUCACAAGAUGGGUCGUGAACAGGGAGCGCGGCGACAGCUGGAUGAUUGGUCUCCUCGUUGCGUCCGCAUCGGUCAUCUCUACCUCUGUGUACUUCCUUUGGCGAAUCACCACCUUCCCUGAGAUCAGCAACGUCGAUGCUAUCCUCAUUGGCGCUGCUAUCACCACAGCCAUCUUCCUCGGAGGGUGGGGAAUUGCAAGUGCACGCGGAAACCCAGUGGAGUCUGCGCUGUUGUUCGCAUACGUCACUUUGGCCAUUUACCAGAUCUUCACUGACUAUCAGCCCUCGCCGGGCUCGUUGGCCGCAGAGACCGCUGCACCUGAACCAGCUCUUCCGCCCCUACCGCCCAUCAUCAUGGCAUCCUACACGACGCUCCUCCACGCCUUGGGUUCGUUACCCUCCAUCAUCCACACCGGUUUCAACCUGAUGGUCGGCGCUGUUAUGACCAUCACGCCCUCUGUCAUUAUCUCGCUCGCCUAUCGUGUCUUCGUCAUGUACGCAGCAGCGCGCAUCAUUCCCGCUAUCAGAGAGAGUGGUGCCAGAGCGUUAUCCCAGGAGCCUAGCCUGGACGACGAGGACGAGACAUCCAAGAUCCUCGGCUUCUUGACGUGGUUCAGCCCUAGUAUCAUCAUCGCGGUCUAUACCAGUCUGCUGAUGCAGCACUUCGCAAGCGGGAAUGGAACAGACGGUAGUGCCGUCAACGGUGAAUGGUGGACAAACCAGGGAGGAGACGCCGGAGGUAAUAUGUGGAGGUGGAUUAACCUAGCUAUAACCAUGGGUCUCUACGCAAUCGAGCUUCAGAUAUCAAAGGCGGACGAUGACGGCAGGAUCCACUGGAAGACCGACUGA